AUGGCUGAUAGAAGAAUUGGUAAUCGAUCCUUGGGUCGGAGGGGUCGUUCUAAAUUGGAUUCUGGAACUUGUAAUGUCUGUUCUGCUCCUUGUUCAUCUUGCAAGCAUCGUAAUGCGAGCUUCACUGGUUCAAAGUCGGACGAGUCAUCAGAUGAAAACUCCCAUGGUGUAGUGGCGAGUCAGUGUUCUUUCAACGAGGACGAGCUGUUGCGUUCUUCUCGGGUCAAUGCACUUGGCAGUUCACUUAACAGUGCUAGUGAAGCGAGCAAUCUAGACAAUUCCAACAACGAAUCUGACCAUCAAGCCAGAAACAUUCCAGGGGAGGGGAAAGUCAAGGAAACGUCAGGAGCAGAGAAUAACCAAGACAAGAAAAAUAGUUUAGCUGAAAGUUCUAUGCAUUCAGACGAGAGUGGAAUGGUUGGGAAGUCGAGAGAUACUAAACCCUCAAAUAAGGCUGAGGAACCAAACGCAUCCGCUAUGUCUGAGAGCGAGAGCGAGAGUGCUGGUUCUGAAUUGAUGGAACUUGAUGUAAAAGUAUGUGACAUUUGUGGAGAUGCGGGUCGUGAGGAUUUACUUGCUAUCUGCAGUAGAUGCAGUGAUGGUGCUGAACACACCUAUUGCAUGCGGGUAAUGCUUCAAAAACUUCCUGAGGGUGAUUGGCUUUGUGAAGAAUGCCAGUUUGCUGAGGAGGCAGAAAAGCAGAAGCUAGAAGCUGAGGAAAAAAGAGAAACUGAGGUAAAUUUGAAUACACAAAGCUCCAGCAAAAGGCAAACAGAUAAACUUGAGGCAGCUCCAGAUGCUAAAAGACGGGCAGUUGAGGCUCCAACAGGGUCACCCAAGAGACCUGUUCUCCCCAGAUUGUCCGCUUUGUCUCGGGAAACAUCAUUUAAGGGCUUAGAGAAGACAACACGAAAGCUAGCUCAUCACUCAUCUUUCAAUAGCCACUCCAGUGAUGACACAGAAAGCACGCGAUCUACUGACUCACCGCUCCAAUCCCCUAAAGGCUCCUUUGGCAAGUCCUAUUCGUUUAAUUCUUCGAGCUCUAGACCAAAAGUGAGACAAGUGGAUGAUGUUAUGCUUCCACGACAUAAAACUGUGAAGGAAAAUGCUUCCCAUGAUGUAAAGGAGGGUUUUUCUAAAAAUGCAGGCAGAUCCAUUUCAACUAGUUGGAAUGACUCAAAACUAAAAGGUUCAAAGCAACUGAAAGAUUGGAGUACAGAAGCUAACCCUUCAGCAUCCACAGUCGAUCCGAAGCUAAUCUCUCGUGGCAAUUCAUCCAGUUCAUUUGCAAAUGGUGCACGUGAUUUGAAGGGUUUGCAGCCUGACGGUAAACAAGGUAGCUUGUCAAAGCAAGCCAGACAUCUAAGUCGUAAUCGUCAAGAAGAUAUAGUUGCUUCUGUGGGGGAUACAUAUACGAAAGAAAAGUGCAGUUCAAGUGAGCAUACAUCAAGUGAAGCCAAACGUAAGAACGAACUGGCAAAUGUAGAUGGUUUAUCCCGGUCGAGGGAACUCAGAGAGGCGGGGGAGAAAAGCAAAGAUGCUGUUGGUAAUCGCCAAAGAUCUGACCUGUUAUCUGGUUCGAAAGGCCUGCCAUCUCCAAAAGGUCAGAAUGCAGAACCCACUGAGACGUCAUGUGCCUCUGGAAGCAAUGUCUCUUCCACUCGAAAUAUUAGGGAGGACGUUAAUAAGGGCAAUAGGUUGCGAGCAGCGGUUGAUGCUGCUCUACGGAAAAAACCUAGCUUUAGCAAGAACAGAGGAUUGGAGCAAUCUGAUUUACCUUCAGUGUCCAAUGUGGAUUCUAGUUGUGAUAAAGCUUUUCAAAAAGUGCCCACGAAGGUGCCGGUCGUGAGAGAUUGGCCUGUGGGACUGCAAAAUGUACAGACAGACAAGCAGACGAUUGCAGUAAAUGGAAAUCAGUUUGCACUUGCUGGUGCUGAUGCAAUGGCUGCUUCCCAAUCUGUAGAGCCUGAAUCUCAUUUACCUUCUGUAAAACCGGUCAUGAGAGAUUUGCCUGUUGUUGAUCCAUCUAUUCUGUCGACAACCUCAGCCAUCCCAGAACAUGAAUACAUUUGGCAAGGGGACAUGGAGGUGCAGAAAAGCAGAUAUAUGUCAGUAAUGCAUUGUGGAAUCCAAGCAUAUCUAUCAACAUUAGCAUCACCUAAAGUUGCUGAAGUGGUGAAUCAAUUUCCAGUAAAAGUCACCUUGAAUGAAGUACCCAGGCUAAGUACAUGGCCUACACAGUUUCAAGAUGGAGGUGCUAAGGAAGACCAUGUGGCUCUUUUCUUCUUUGCCAAGGACAUCGAGAGUUACGAGAAUAGUUAUAAGCCCCUGGUAGAUAACAUGAUCCAGAAAGAUCUAGCCCUAAAAGGAAACUUCGAGGGUGUUGAGCUUUUGAUUCUUGCGUCCAAUCAGCUUCCUCGGAACUGCCAGCGUUGGAACAUGUUAUUUUUCCUUUGGGGUGUAUUCCGAGGAAAAAAAGCGAAAUCUUCUAACCCACUCAAGAACACACCUCUUCCGGCAUCUAAUGUUUUGCCAAAUAUCGAGAAAGCGCUUUCUACACAUGAGGGCUUUGGCCCUGAGAAUCCAAGCAACAGAGAGUCCUCGACUGAUCGCGCAUCAGGAGGAAUGCAAUCGCGCAUGAAGGAGGAUAAUGCAAAAGAGGCUGAAACAUGUGGUGCCAUUGACAAGGAGAAAGAAUUCUCUGUUUCAUAUGGAGCAGUUGAAGAAGCCGAGGAAGGUGAGAUUGGUGCUAGCCCACACUUAAAGGAUGAAAAGACGUCAGGGACCAGGACAGAAAAUUUCUCCAAAAUGAAUCAGAAAGUGGGCUUGGAUGAUCUGGAUAAUGAAAGGCUGUGUGAAGGACCAGUGAAGAAAAAGCUGAAGACAGGUACGGGAGUGGAAACUGAAUGUAGCAUUUCAAAUAAGGAUACAUCUGCUUCAAGAUAUUCUGGUGCCGGUUCCUGUGAGGAGAAGAAAAGGAUUGUGUUCCCUUUAGAUUUGAAUGACGGCAAGGAAGACGAUGAUGAGAUGGAAGACAAUAUUCCCAAUCCACAAGGCAAUGACAACAACAAACGAACAUCACUCGGUAUGGUCCCAAAUCUUGAUCUGGCCUUAGGAGAGGAGAAAACUAGACCGACAAUGACCGCGACCACAGGAGUUGUAUUGCCUUUCAUGGGUGGAGCAGGCUCCACUGAAGAACAUAGAAGUAGCAGCAGUCAGAGGCCACAAGAUCGGAUGGUGAAUGAAGAAGACGACGCAGCUUCGCUCUCACUAUCACUGUCCUUCUCAUCCCUGGACAAGGAACAAAAACAACAGCAGAGUGAAAGAUCAGUGUCUGGAUGGGAAGGCAAGAAGCAAAAUGUGAAUACUCCUCUGUCUCUAUUCAGAGACUUCCCUGACAAAUCCUCAUAG